CUGGAUCACCAGUGGAUGUGGGCGUCCUCACGCCACGUCCAACCCAACAAGGCAAGGCGACCCGACCCAAAGCCGCCCGACGUACGGACCAGGCAAAGAGGCAAACCAACUUCUCCAUCCACCGCCCUCCCCGCGUCUCGCCGCGACACGGAACCGCCGCCGGAGAUGGACGGCUCCGGCAGCUGGGACGCCAUCGACUGGAACCAAAUCGAGGACCCGAGGCCGCGGAGGUCUGUCCAGGGCGUGGACGAGACCAUGGAGGAGUUCCUGCUCGAGGACGAGGAGGUUUUCGCCCAGGGCCAUGGUGUUGUUCUACUAAACAUCGACGAGGCUGGCACACUUUCAGUGACAAAUUUCCGACUUCUCUUUGUGAGCCAAGCAAGAAAAUGUGUAAUAGAGUUGGGUACAAUUCCAUUGACUACAAUCGAGAAGUUAAAUGAUGAUGUAAAGCUCCAACAGUUGCCCCACCUGUCUGAUAAGAAGCAUCCCCGUGAACUCCUUCAAGUCAUUGGUAAAGACAUGAGAGUCAUUGUGUUCGCUUUUCGUCCCAAAACAAAGCAGAAAAAUGAAGUGUUUGAUGCUUUGAGAAGAUACACUAAACCAGCUAAUUUGUGGGAUCUAUAUGCAUUUUCUUGUGAUCCAACCACCAUUAAGAAUGAUUCUGAUCCAAAGUGGCGGCUCUUGAGGGAGUACUUUCGCCUUUUUAGGAAAAGUUUGCCACAAUUACAGGAACCUGGGGAAGUUUCUUUGCCUAAUGAUUGGUGGAGGCUAACUAGAGUAAACUCUAGUUAUUCAUUGUGUUCAACUUAUCCCUCUAUACUGAUUGUACCAAGGAGCGUAAGUGAUGAAGAUUUAUUUCAAGCUUCUACUUUUCGAUCUGGCAAACGCUUGCCUGUUAUUUCAUGGUGUGACCCUGGUACUGGAGCUGUUCUGGCGAGGUCAUCCCAGCCAUUGGUGGGAUUAAUGAUGAAUUUUAGGAACAAUGCCGACGAGAAGCUUGUUUGUGCUCUUAGCACCAAAACAAUGGAUAUCAAUAGAUCUCCAAGGAAACUAUACAUAAUUGAUGCCCGGCCAAGAGCAAAUGCGUUAGCUAAUGGGGCAAAGGGAGGGGGCUCAGAGUCAUCUUCUAACUAUCCCAGAUCUGAGGUUCUUUUUUUAGGAAUACAGAACAUCCACACGAUGAGAGAUAGUCUUUCUCGCCUUAGGGACUAUGUGGAUGCCCAUGGGACAAUUUCGUCAAACGGAACCCCUUCAGCCGUAUCUGUUGUCGGAGAUCGGAGGAAUCGUGGAUCAACCUGGGGUGGAGGAAAUCUGAAUAGCAUGACAUCGUUUUCUUCAACGCUUGGGGAAUGGUUGAACCAUAUCCAGAAUAUUCUGGUUGGUGCUUCGUGGGUUGCUGCACAAAUUGCCAUAGAAUCAGCUUCAGUUCUUGUCCAUUGCAGUGAUGGAUGGGACCGUACAACCCAGUUGGUUGCACUUGCUUGUUUGUUACUUGAUCCCUAUUAUCGGACGUUCGGCGGGUUCCAGGCCCUUGUGGAAAAGGAUUGGUUAGCAUUUGGCCAUCCAUUUGCAGAAAGAAUGGGAAUUCCAACGGUAGCUGAGAAUGGGGGAUCACAGUAUGAGUUAUUAAGGCAACCAUCGCUCGGGAAUUUAAGCAGUUCACCAAGCAGGAACUCUUUAGGACCAUCAGGAUCAUCUUCUAAUACUUCAGUUCAAUCACAGACAUCAAACAACAGUUCACCUAUACUGUUACAGUGGCUAGAUUGUAUCUCCCAGUUACUACGUCUGUACCCAUCUGCAUUUCAGUUCUCAUCUAAAUUCCUAGUUGAUUUUAUGGAUUGUGUGCUAUCCUGCCGCUUUGGGAACUUCUUAUGCAAUAGUGAGCGGGAAAGGGAGCAAUCUGGUGCCACAAACUCCUGUCGUUGCAUGUGGUCGUACUUGGCUGAUCUGCGAGCUUCUGGUGGCAAUUUCCAUGAGCACUACAAUCCAUUCUAUGAUCCAGUAAAGCAUAAUGGUCCCCUAGUGCCCCCUGCUGCAGCACUUGCUCCAACCCUUUGGCCCCAGUUUUAUUUGAGAUGGACAUGCCCCUCUGAAUCACAGGGUGGUGAUCUUGAAUCCCAGUGGCAUGCUAUGAACAAAAAAUACGCAGAAGCAAUGAAGGCAAAGGACAUAGCUGAAUGGAGAGCAAAAGAUAUUAAAACAAAGAUGGAAUCAAUGAAACAAGACUUACAAAGGGAGAGACGUUCAAGCAGUACAGCCUUAGCCAUGGCUCAAAGUGCUCAAAGGGAGAAUGCUGCCAUUAAAAAGGCAAUAGAAUCUAUAGGAUGCACAAUUAAAUUUUCAGUGACUGAAAACCAGGUGGAUGAAACUGAAGUGCUGUCAUAUUCAGUUCGAAGAGACUCGGAUGCUAGAGCUCAGCAAGAUGAGAAUGCUGACUACUCUGUAUCAAUCUCUGCAAUUGAGGACAGCUUGGUCUCAGAAACACCAGGCGAUCAUUUUUGCGAGUCACUCUGCCCCUUCCGCACAAGAGAAGGCUGCAGAUGGCCAGAUGCUCCGUGCGCACAGCUAGGAAGCCAGUUUGUUGGUUUGAAGGCAAAUUUUGAUGCUUUUGAUCGACUAUCAAUACAAGACUGCUAUUUUGGUCCAGAGUAGUUGAUCACGAAUUGUUCAUGCCAGUAUUCAGUACUUGACGAACUUGGCAGAUGCCAAUGGAAUUUUUUUUCAGUGGUUGGCAUCUCCAGGUCUGCAUCAACAACAAAAUUACGCGUGGAAAGGAAAUCAACCAUGCAUAUUUAACCCACAUUCACAAGUUCUUUCGUCCAAUUAUCUUUCUUUCAAGUGGCUGGCGCCUCCAACUCUGCAAUUCUGCAUCAACAACAGAAGUACAAAAAAUGUGUGGAAAGCAAAUCAGCGAUGCAUAUUUGAUCAGCAUUCACAAGUUCCUUCCUCCAAUGAUAUUCUAAUGGUCUUUAGUGGGCUUUAGCAUUGCAAAACUUUUAUGAGGGAAUUCAGAAUUCUACAUUAGGAGUUAGCAAUUGGUUAGGAACCACUGGGACUGAAAAUUAGUCCUUUGUGUUGUAUAUAGUUUUACAGUCGAUUCAUACAAGAAGCAAAAUAACGCAGAAUGCGAAAGAGAAGAAUAAUAGUUCUUCCUCCCCUUUUAUCCAUUAGCUUUCGAUUGGUACUCUGGUUAGCUCUGAAAUAAGAACCAUUUGCAUCCUGUCUGGUUGAAAUAAAUGUUGUAUAUGAAAAAUGUGGGCCUGUUGCUGUAUCAUUGUCCAUGAGAGUCCUCUUGACAUUUUUAAUGAUAUUGUUUUUUAGAAAA